AUGAAACCUUGAUUCACCAAACUGUGCACUGCCCAAAGACAAGUGUUCUGUUCUAUCCACCAAGCAAUCUUAUGAUAUGGCUGCAAAGAUGAGUUUCACCACCAAUGACAAGUUGACGAGAUUGUGGAUCCGAGCAGGAUUACCCAAAAUAUUACUCAACUCCUUACAGUACUUGAGACUAUAACUGAAGAUCAGUCAAACUUCUGCAUUGAAAUGCACAUUGAAGGCCUUGAAGAGUUUGUUCAUACAAACGAGUCUAAGAUAGAUGAAAUCCAGCACUUAUUAAGUGAGUCAGUUACUCAAGACAGGUUUCUGGAAUAUACAGAUCUCCUUGAAGAUAUUCUAAAAGUCAGAACUAUGAUAAACGAGAGUAAAGUAUAUCAAGAGUAUUGCAACUUCAUGAUCAAUUUUAAAGCCAAACUAAAACUACUUUCAGAACAAGAGCUUGAAAUAGAAGAAGAAAAUAUUGAUACUAGAGCGGCACCCUCGAACAUAGAAAAUCAAAAUGCCACAAGUGAUUAUUUGAAUGAACUUAGUAAGGCCACAAAAUUUGUCAAACUAUAUGAAAAAGUGAUGGAGUGUAGCAUUCACGAAAGCGAAUUGCAAGAACUCAUAAUAAACUGAGACAUCAAUAAAGAUAAAAAACUAAUGAAAGAGAUUCUGACCAGUAACACUAAAGUCUCAAAUCUAAAGUGUCUGACAAUCCAGAAUUGCAAUAAAAAUUUAUCUGAAGUUUCAAAGUUUCUAAGCCAUUCAUUAUUGAAAGAUAUCAAUAAGAUCAAGCUAGUUUGAAAUCAGCAAGGUCCAAAAACCAUUAGAAAAAUAAAACCAAUUUUACCAGCACUUACAUCAGCCGUUCAAUUCAUGAAUGUCAAGGAAGUUCACUUGAGUGAUUGGGAAUUUGACUCUAAAGAUCUUAAUGUAUUAAUCGAUAGUUGUUCUGGUGUAGAAACAAUAAGCAUACAACGAGCUUUCUUUUGUAGUUGGAACGGAAUGAAACUUGAUAGAAAUCGGAUCUUUAGAACUAAAAUUCUAAAAUUAAGUCCGACUUCUUUUCAAAGUUUUGCUAGCACAACUACAGAUUCAAUUAUACAUGCAAUUGGUGAUUCGAAUCUAAAAGAAUCGCUCAAUGAACUGCAUAUACGAGGUAUAUCUUCACACUCGAUAUCUUCUCUGGAAACCAUUGCCGAUUCUUUAGGAAUGAGUCACAUCAAACUUAUCAUUUAA